GUGUGGACCAGAUCGUGGCUCCUGCUCUACAGCUCAGGAUGAAGUCCCCCUGGAAAGGCCUCAAGGCCACCCCUCUGUUUCUUCUCCUGCUCUCUCACUCCUUGGUCUCUGUGCCUUAUGUGGACCCGCCAGGUGCCAGCUACUCUGAUGUCCGCAGCUGUAUAGGGUGUGUGGUGGCAGUAUCUCUGAUUGAGCAGCUGGCUGAAGUUCACAACUCCUCAGUCCAGGUGGCGAUGAAGAGACUCUGCAGCUACCUGCCUGAAGCGAUGUUUUUGAAAACCUCCUGCUAUUUCCUGGUUCAGAUGUUUGGAGCAGACAUCAUAAAAUUACUCAGUGAAGCUAUGAAUGCUGAUGUGGUGUGCCAUGCUCUGAAAUUGUGCAAGCAGGAUGCUGUCCAAUCACGGUGUCAUCUCUACCCACUUCCCCAGGAGGCCUGGAAGUUUACACUGAGGAAGGCAAGAAAAAUCCUCAAGAAGUCCUCCACCAUGAAGUAUCCUAGAAGUGGUCUGAAUAUUUGUUCACUGCCAUUUUUGGACAAGAUCUGCCAGAAAAUUGAAUUCUCUAUAAAGAAGGCCGUGCCGUUCAAAGAUACAGAUUCAGACAAAUACAGUGUCUUCCCAACGCUGAGGGGCUACCACUGGCGAGGGAGAGAUUGUAAUGACAGUGACAAGACAGUGUACCCAGGCAGAAGGCCAGACAAUUGGGAUAUCCAUCGGGACUCUAACUGUAAUGGCAUCUGGGGUAUUGAUCCAAAGGAUGGAAUUCCAUAUGAGAAGAAAUUCUGUGAAGGUUCACAGCCCAGGGGAAUCAUUUUGCUGGGAGACUCCGCCGGGGCUCAUUUUCACAUCCCUCCUGAAUGGCUGACAGCCUCGCAGAUGUCUUCGAACUCCUUCGUCAACUUGCCAUCUGCUCUCACCGAUGAGUUCAACUGGCCGCAGCUGUCUGGGGUUACCGGAUUUCUGGACUCCACUAGUGGAAUUGAAGAAAAAUCCAUUUACCAUAAUUUGAGGAAAAGAAACCAUUGCAAUCACAGAGACUACCAGAGUAUCUCAAAAAAUGGUGCAUCUUCCAGAAAUCUGAAGAAUUUUAUAGAAAGUUUGUCUAGGGACCAGGCUUUAGACCAUCCAGCCAUUGUCAUUUAUGCCAUGAUUGGAAAUGAUGUCUGCAAUGGGAAAUCGGACACAGUUGCAGAAAUGACCACUCCCGAACAAAUGUACUCCAAUGUCAUGCAGACUCUGAAGCAUCUAAAUUCCCACCUGCCCAAUGGCAGCCAUGUUAUUUUAUAUGGCCUGCCAGAUGGAACUUUUCUCUGGGAUAGUUUGCACAACCAAUACCACCCUCUAGGCCAGCUAAACAAAGAUGUAACCUAUGCACAGUUCUUCUCCUUCCUGAGCUGUCUCCAGCUCAAUCCCUGUAACGGCUGGAUGUCUUCCAACAAGACUCUCCGGACUCUCACCUCAGAGAGAGCAGAACAACUCUCCAAUACACUGAAAAAAAUUGCAGCCGCCAAGACAUUCUCAAACUUCAGUCUUUUCUACAUGGAUUUCGCCUUCCACGAAAUCAUAGAGGAGUGGCAGAAAAGAGGUGGCCAGCCGUGGCAGCUUAUUGAAGCCGUAGAUGGAUUCCACCCCAAUGAGGUGGCUUCACUGAUGCUAGCAGAUCGUGUCUGGAAGAAGAUACAGCUCCAAUGGCCUCAUGUCCUAGGAAAGGAAAACCCAUUCAAUUCCCAGAUUGAAGAGGUGUUUGGAGACCAAGGAGGACACUGAGCAUCUUCAGAAGGAGCAUCACUGGGGAAGAGAAAGAUGAAUAAAUCGUCCCACCCACCCAUUCCAGGGGCUGCUGGGCCACAGGUCCAGAGGACUCUCUCCAGCAGCCUCUCUGCAGACCACUUUACUCACAGUGGGGGACAGACAUGAAUGCCAAUGUGAUGCCCACCUCAAGUCUCCCCAAUGUAACCCUGAAACACCCUUUUAAAAGUACUUUGAGGAUCAUUUCAAGCAUGGCAAUAUCCAUGCCGCUCAGCAGUCUAUUGUUCUAGAAAAGGCUUCUAAAAUAGUAAACCACCCCAGGAUGCUUAGCAGCUUACACAGGGUCUGCACCAGGGAUUGAGACUCUCCCUGUCGGUUACUUAAAGGUGGCCUAGGAAGCUGAGACUCUUAGUACAGUUGCAGACUUGCUGUAGGUAGGAACAGUCAAGUUUCCAUGGCCCUCCUUAAAACUUCCCAGUAAUCCCAGCAGUCAG